AUGCGCACCGCAACUCUUCUCGCUCUUUUGCCCCUGGCCUUUGCCGCCCCCUCCAAGCGGGCCGAGCCUGCUCCCGUCCUUCGCCCUCGUGGCGUCCAGCUUGUCGAUGGCAAGUACAUUGUCAAGAUGAAGAGUGGCGUUCGGGCUACUUCUGUUUCUUCGGCUGUGUCUUCUAUCGAGGCUGAUGCCGAUUACACCUACUCCAAGAGCUUCAAUGGCUUUGCUGCUACUCUGAAGGAGGAUGAGAUUGAGAAGCUCAAGCACGAUCCUAAUGUCGAGUACAUUGAGCAGGACGCUGUCAUCACUAUCAAGGCUACUACUGAGCAGGACAAUGCUCCUUGGGGCCUUGCCCGCAUCUCUAGCGACAAGGCCGGUGGCAAGACUUACACCUACGACGAUAGCGCUGGCGAGGGUACUUGCGCCUACGUUGUUGAUACUGGCAUUGAUGUCGACCACCCCGACUUUGAUGGACGCGCCAAGUUCUUGAAGAACUUUGCCGGUGGCAGCGACAACGAUGGCCAGGGUCACGGCACCCAUGUUGCUGGAACUAUUGGUUCUACUACUUAUGGAGUCGCCAAGAAGACCAGCCUCUUUGCCGUGAAGGUUCUCGAUGACAAUGGCGAGGGCACCAACUCUGGUGUCAUUGCUGGUAUGGACUUUGUCGCUGGCCAUGCCACCGAUGCCAACUGCCCCAAGGGCGUUGUUGUCAACAUGUCUCUUGGUGGACAGUUCUCUAGUGCUGUUAACAACGCCGCCAAGAGCAUUGUCGAUGCCGGUCUCUUCCUUGCUGUCGCUGCUGGAAACGACGGCGCCGACGCGUCCGAGUCAUCUCCUGCCUCUGAGCCCAGUGCUUGCACUGUUGGAGCCACCACCAGGAACGAUACCCUGGCCUACUACUCCAACACCGGCAAGAUUGUCGAUGUCCUUGCUCCUGGCACCGAUAUCCUGAGCACCUGGCCUGGAGGCAAGACCAACACUAUCUCUGGUACCUCGAUGGCCUCUCCCCAUGUGGCUGGCCUUGGUGCUUAUCUUCUGGGUCUGGGUCAGAAGGCUGAGGGUCUGUGUGACUACAUUGUCUCGACUGCUCUUGAUGGUGUUGUUUCCAGUGUUGGAUCUGGGACUCCUAACAAGCUCAUCAACAACGGUGUGGGCAAGAACUAG